CGAAAUACGAGAUCAACAACGCAUGAUGGCAUGACAAACUUGCUUCUCCUGACAUUUGCUCAUGUCUGCUAUUGUCAUGCCCGGUUAGCCAGCAUCGAGGGCCGGCAGCAUGGUGCUCAGGAGAUCUCAUAAGAAAUCCCGACUCGGGUGCCUGACAUGCAAGCAGCGACGGGUGAAAUGCGACGAGAGUGGACCUCCAUGCGGCCCUUGCGAAGCGAGAGGCUGUGAAUGCGAGUAUGUCCAGGCUAAAGGAGUGCCCACACAGCGACGAUCCGAGCCUGUCAACGGCAGCAACCAGACCACUCCUCAACAGCGUUCUCCGGCCAACUGGUCGCAUUCCGAACGCCUUCUCGAACUGGAACUCAUGCAGCAGUGGACAUCGAAAACAUUCAAGAGCUACUGUGGCACCAUCGAGGAUGAGUAUCACAAUUGGCAGGUCUUCUUUCCCAAACUCGCGCUCAAGCACGACUGCUUGCUCGAUGGUCUGUUCGCCAUGUCGGCGUUGGAAAUCGGAGCCUUCUCGGAGCACAGCGAUUCGCAGGACUACAUCGACGCCGCGCUAGAGUAUCAAAAUCGAGCGAGCGCGAAGCUACGAGAGGCGCUGUCAAAUGCCGACUUCGAGACUAUGCCCCAAGAUCGACAUCAGGCGUUGUGGGCGUUGUCCUCGAUUCUCAUGGUGCUCGCUUUGGCCAUGCCUCCAUAUGCUGUGCAGCCUCUAAGCGGAAAGUACAGCAUGCUCGACCACAUCCUCACCUAUCUGGAGCUACUCAAGGGCUUCGCCGUCAUCGCGAUGGCAAAGGGCAAUCGCAUCAAAGACGAUCCAAUGCUGAACAAGUACAAAGAGUGGGAUGAGCUGGAAAGUCUCCCCGUGAGGCCGGAAAUCCAAACCGCUUUUGAUAGGCUCAAAGCUUUGAACGAGGAAACGUACGGGGAGGGCCGCGCCUCGGGCUUGUGUUCGGAGCUCGUGGCCAUGACCAACCACGCCGCUUGCAGACGUGCCAUCUUUUUCUUGGAGCAGUGUCAUGCCAAAUGCUCCGAGUCGCACACCCGGGCGUAUGGACUUGCUUGGCCGGUAAUGGCGGGAGAGGAUUUCAUUGCGGCAAUGAAGGCGAAAGAGCCUCUAGCGCUGCUAAUUUUGAUGCAUUGGGGCGUGUUUAUUGAGAAGCAAAGCUAUGGGAUUUGGUAUGUGGAGCGCGUGGGAAAGCACCUGGUUGAGGAUCUUUCGAACGAAAUCUCCCUGCUUGACAACGUCAAAGCGAGAGAUGCAAUUAGCUGGGUGAGACAGCAGGUCGAAUUGGACGUGGUGGCUAGCUGAUCACCGCUUCUGCCGUGUGGGCGGCUCUAUCUAUACCAGCGGAUACUGUUCGGCAUCGUUCUGGAACGAUGUGUAUCUCCUGCCCGGUUCAACUUUCAG